AUGUCCACCCUGUACGCGGUGCCGGACGCUCUGUGGUACCGGCCGAGAGCCAUGGCAGUUUCGCAGACCGGCCUGAUUGCGACAUCGGCAGGUUCCAGCAUACUCCUGUCGAGAAUUGACAGUCCGAGUAACGGUGCCGUACAACAAACGGAUGGGAAUGAGAGAACCGAUUCGAAAAGCCCGAAUAACGCUGAUGCCAGAGAAAGUACGAAAUCGUCAGAAGAUACGGAUAUGUCGUAGGAUCAACUCAUUUACCUGAAGAAGAUCAACUUGUUUAAUGAGAAAUGUCACGCUGUUGCGUUCUCCCCUGCGGGAUUCGCCGGAGUUGAAAGGAUCGCCCUCUUGCUCGAUAUGAGCGUUGUAAAAGUCAUAGACUAUCCCUCGAUGGAGAUCGUUUUCAGCGAAAAGUAUACUUCUGAGAUUCGAACCAUACGCUUCAUGAACGACAGACCCCAUUGCCUCGCCAUCGGUAUGACGUCAGCAGAAAUACUGGUCGUAGACAUGUCGACCAAGUCCGUUCAGCGAAGCGGGAGCCUCAAUGUCAAAAUACAGAUCGAAGACCUCCAAGAUUUCGAUGUCCGUAACGGCUUAGCGGUCCUAGGAUGCAGCAAAGGCAGCGUGGCCAUCGUGGAUACCCGGACCUGGAAGGUGUUGAACAAACACAAACUCAACAGUGUGAUCCGAGCGGUCGCUUGGCACCCUAAGGGUCAGAUCGCGGCGGCCAUGUCCGUAGCUGAGAAGAGCUGCCUCAUCAUUGGCCAGAAAGAAGCUUUCAGUAUUCAAUUGCCACCUAAAGCAAUAAGAUCGACUUACACUGACAGAGAGCUCCUGACUGCUUGCGUGUGCUGGUGCGGCUCUAAUCUGGUGGUCGGAUCUCCUUGGGGCACAGUUUGUGUGGGCGCGUACAACGGGAAAGAGACAACGUUGAACGUUAUUCCGCAGGAGACUACUACUAAAUCUUUGAGCGCAAUGGUCCCGAUUGCGCCAAAUCUCGUUCUGACUUCCGGAAUAGAAAGAACGCUCUGUCUGUGGGACACGCAGUCUCUCGAGCUUUUAAUGUCACGACCGUGUCUAGCGGGCUUCGUGUACGACAUGAAAUUCCAUCCAGCGGGAACAGGGGCUCUGGCAAUCGCCAGCGGAUGUGGCAGGGUGUGUUUGGCGAAAACGGACCAAGGAUCCUUGGAACAGAUCGCGAAACAUGCGUCGGUCAAGUGUCGAGUCUACUGCUUGGCCUGGCAUCCCACCAAUGAAAUGCAAUUGGCGUUCGGCACUCAGAAAGGCGACGUAUUCGUCGUGGAUGUAUCCCCUCAGAAGACGACGAGCAAGAAAUUCGUGUCUCCCCAAAGGACUGGCAUCGGUUCUCUCUGCUUCGCCAGCAUUCCCCUCAUCAGUGAACAUCCCAUCGUUUUGGCCGCAGACUGUAAUCAAGCUUUUGUGGGGAAGACGAAGAACGGGGCCCUGAUCCCGCUAGAAAUGUUCAUCAAGGAUCUCGCCAAACAUAAGAUUUGGAGUGUGGACGCGAUCAACGAGCGAAACUUGCUUUUCCUCGGGACUCGGCAAGGCAAAGUCCUCACUGUGGAUACGAGUGCGCUCUCGAUAAUAUCAGAAACGAUCCUGGAGAAACAGGCCGCACAGAGAACUGUGAUUUCCGCGAAUGGGACCUACCUAGCGCUUGUUUUUGGGAAUGAUUACUUCAGCAUCUUCAAUGUAGAGCAACUCGUCAAGGCGGAUAUGAGUCAUCCGGUGGUAGCGAUCUGGAAGAUUGUUGGUCAUUCGUGCACUGCCCUAUGCUGGAAUCCUUUCAACGAGGACGAGUUCGCCAUUGGAGGCAGCAACGGCUCGGUUCAGGUCCGGAAGAUCGGCUCCAGUCGCGUGAUCAAAACCCUGAACAACGCAACGGGACAUAAGUCCAUCAUUGCUAUGCAAUGGAGCAGCAUCGACGAGAACCUGGUUUAUCUCGGCACCAAUGGUCAUACGGUCUACGAAUUGAACGUAGCGGAAAGUGUUGAAGACUGCAACGUAGAAAUCAACCUGUCGGAAAAACCAAAGAUUGAGCGUCCACAAAACAACGGCGCGAAAAGCAAGGGUUCAAAAGUCCGCCCGCUGUUCCCUCUCGCGAGUAACGCGGAGAACAUUCCAAAAGCCGAGGGUCUUAAUGAUUUGCUCCUCCUUCAGAGUUGUCAGGUCAAAGGAGACUACUCAGCUUUGGCGGAUAAAACACAUAUGGGCUUCUACCACAAGGACCUUCUCCAGAAAACCCUGAUUGCUGAGGCUGCUAGGCACCAGUCGAAAAUGGAGGAUGAUCUCGCGCUUCAGGUUCUACUCACAGGUGGAAACAUCCGGGACGUGGUCGGGAGAGCCAUCCAGCUGAAAAAAUUGAGCUAUCAGUUGCUCUCUCUCGCCAAUUUCGUUUCGAAGGAGUUCUUCCUCGAGACAGCCGAGGCUCUCAUCGAUCAGAACAAGGAAAGCGACAUCCAUUCCGUUCUAGCUCUGAUGGUGGCCACUGGCCACACGGAGGAACUAGUCAAGAUACUCUGUGAAAGGUUCCUCCACAAAGAAGCGAUCUCGAUUGUUCUGUCCACCCGUAACGACGAUGAUGCUCUGAAAACGAUGGUCUAUGAGUCGUGGGCGAACCGGUUCAUAGAGAGCGCUCAGUACGAGAGAGCUGCUCGAUGUCUUCUGGCUUGUAAUCAACCGUCGAAAGCUCUCGAAACUCUCAAUCUCUAUACGGAUCCCCUGUCUGCGUUGACUGCCGCUGUUCUCGCGAAAAGGUGUGAUCUCCCGAAUCGCUACCUCCUCUUGAAAGCCGCGAGGGAACUCCUCUCCUCAUCCAACGACAUUGAUGCCCUUGAGAAGCUCGGUGAAGAGUUUGAAAUUGAGGCUUUCGCCAAACUCAGAGCACUCACACUCGCGAUCAGAACUUAUUUCGAGGACACGAAACCAGUGGCGGAUUCGAACAAUCUCUUCAACCAGCCGCAAGAAUCGCUGGAGGUCCUCAUUGGAAGAGCUGGGAAGUUUGGCGAGGACGACAAGCAAAUCAUCGAAGAACUUCUGACCGACAUUCAGCCGGCGCAAAAUGUCAACCAGCUGAUUAGCCACCUUGUGUUAGAAAUUGCUCACGGGUCGGCGCUGAACAAUGGUCUGCUCGAUGAUGCGACGAAAUUGCGGAUCUCUAACAAAAUCGGCGAGUUCGAUGAGGGCAAGUUCGUACAUUUCGUCCUGGCGAUGCUGUAUAAGCCGGCUGAACCACCGGGAGAAAGCUCUGGUUGA